UGUCCAUCCACCCAACGCUUAACACCGCUGAUUCAACUAGAGCCCUUCCCCAACACGGAAUCACUGUGGAGACGGUGCGUGCGAAGAAAUAGUAUACCCUUCUAGUUCUGGAGCGUGCCCGCAAUCGCUAUGCGCCGAGGGCCUAACCGCGAGCGGCUACGGGCACGUCAAGCCUGCCGUAACUGCAGAAAGAAAAAGACACGAUGUCCUUCGGAAAGACCUGCCUGCUCAAGCUGUGUCCGGCUGAAGAAACCCUGCAUUUAUGAUAAGCCACAACCACCGGACCGAUUGGCCGAUCUCGAGAAGAAGGUGGACCUCUUGAUGGGUGACAGAGAGCAGCGAUGUGCCUCCGACUACCAAGACGAAGAGCUGGGUUCCCUGUCAUCCUCGGACUCACCCAAAGCUUCUUCCACCUUGCAGACAAGUACAAAUACUGAAGCAUUGAGAGACCAUCGCUCCUCACAUGAUCCCAAGCAACCAGCCCAGCAAUUUAUCAACUCUCAACCCGAUUUUCAUCUACCAAAGCUAGAUAUUACUGAAUCUACCAUUUCAAAUAGCCUUGAUCUUUACUUUGAGCGUUUCCACCGGCAGCCGAUAUGGUGUUUUGAUCGCCAGGACCUAGGAAACAUCAUUAGCUUGCCCAGUGAGCUUGUUUACAGUAUCCUACAGCUCACUGCGCGAUUCUCAAUGGAGAGUAGUUUACCUAACUACGGUAAAUAUGCUAGGUGGUCUAUUAUGUUCCGCCUCGCAAAUGAGACAACUAAGCUCGAAACUAUUGAAAGCACCUGCUUGCUUGCGUGCUCUGCAUUUAUAGAUGGUGAUAUACAUAAUGGGCAAUUCUACCUUGGCCUUGGUUUGCAACUGUGCCGGUCUACAAAGUUAGAUAGUCCAAUGCAACUGAACGAGGAUCCUGCCAGUGAGCGAAAGAAAAGGCUUAUAUGGAGCAUUCAAGCUCUGGAACAGUUCUAUAGUGAAGAGCAUGGGAUGUUUAAGACAGUACCGGAUAUUUGGCGUCCAUACUACCUUUCUGACGCCAAAGACACAGAAUUCCCGAGAGAUAGCACUGCUGCUACAGAGUCAGAAAUUGGCAUUUGGAGUCUCUCAAUCCACUUUGGAUGGGUUUGGAGUCGAGUCAGAGUAUAUAUUUCUGAUUGUUCUAGGAACAAGCUAAUGGAGCCUUGGCGUAUAGACUCAGCCUAUUCUAAAGUGCUUGCUGAUUUAACAGAUAUUGAAAACAAAGCACCCUUGAGUCAUCGAUAUAACAUUGUAAGAUUUUAUGAGCGUCAACCAGAUGAAGUGAAGCGGAACAGAGACUAUUGGAUGCCAUGGCUCAAGAUGCAAUUUAUUUGGCAUUCAAUAUUAACAGUGAUGAACCAUCCAUUUUUAUACAUUACUGCGUCCCAAUGUUAUCAUGAUCUAGCAAUUCCUAAUACUUUUUGGCGCAAAUCCUCAGAGCUAGUGCUGCUACAUGCUACGUGGAUCGUUCGCACUAUUGACAUGAUUUACGAAAAACAGAUCAAAAUAUAUGAUCCUUUUCUAGCGCAUGCAGCCGCUAUCGCAGCCACUGUACAUCUCUAUUUUUCUUGCGCUACUGAUGCCCGGCUGAGUCAAAAGUCCAGAACAGACUUUGCAAAAUGUCAAAGGUUUCUGGAAAGCUUUUCUGUGUUUUCGCCUGCCUGUAAGACAUUGGCUCUGUCACUGGACAGAUUGGCUCGGAUUGCGUUGGACAAUAGAGGUUGGGAGAGGACGCCGUCUAGAAUCCAACUCAGUGUCCCCUUGAUGUGGGCAGUUCUACAAUUCUCCACUUCCAGCUCCGAGCCUGUGUCCUCGCUUUCAAGCCCUUCAGUAGCCUCGCUCAUUCCUAGUGAUGCUAGGGAGGUGCAACCAGAUUCGACCCUUGAGAUCAGCACUACAGACACCCCACCGUCGGUCAUCGUAGACCCAACUCUCGGGCACGAUGCAAGAUUGCCGGCAUACAAAGCCAACUCAACGCCACAGGCACCUCCCAAUGGUAAUGUUAUUCGACAUAACAUUUUUCCACCGACUCCGAACUUGUUCAAUACUUCGUGGACUUGGGCAGACCUCGCCGAAACUCCUCAAUUUGGGGACACUGAUGGCUUCCUUCCGGAAUCCAGCGUUAGGAACACUUCAGAAGGCUUCUCUACGUGGUGGAAUCUCGGAAAUCUAUAAAUUUUAUGUGGGAUAGUAUCUCCCAAUUGCUUCAAAUCUGCUGUCAACUAUCUCUUG